AUGAGGCGGAAAGAGAAGCGGCUGCUGCAGUUCGCCGGGCUGCUCAUAGCGGCUCUUCUUUUCCUCCCCAAUGUCGGGCUGUGGUCUUUGUACAGGGACCGAGUGCUCGUCAACUCGCCCGACACAGUGGACGGUCCGGGCGGCAUUCCCCAGACACAGGGCCUGAACCAGAUGAGGAAGGUUGCUCAGGUGGGACUCGAUGGUGUGCGGAGGACAGACUGGCAUGACUAUGAAGCAAUUAGGAGAGAUGCUGCUCGCAGUGGUAACGGUGAACAGGGGAAACCAUUUCCUCUGACAGAUGCUGAUCGGGUCGACCAGGCCUACAGGGAGAACGGCUUCAACAUAUAUGUCAGCGACAGGAUAUCUCUCAACCGCUCCCUCCCGGACAUCCGCCAUUUAAACUGUAAACAGAAGCUGUAUGCGGAGAAGCUGCCCAACACCAGUAUCAUCAUCCCAUUCCAUAACGAGGGCUGGUCGUCGCUUCUGAGGACCGUUCACAGCGUACUCAACCGCUCUCCUCCACAGCUCAUUGCCGAGGUCAUCCUGGUCGACGACUUCAGCGACAAAGAGCACCUAAAGGUGGCACUAGAGGAGUACAUGAUGCGGAUGCCAAAAGUUCGCAUCAUGCGGACUAAGAAGAGGGAGGGUUUGAUCAGAACCCGCCUGCUGGGAGCUGCUGCUGCAAAAGGAGAGGUCAUCACUUUCCUGGACUCCCACUGCGAAGCCAACGUCAACUGGCUGCCCCCAUUGCUAGACCGAAUCGCCCAGAACAGGAAGACUAUCGUGUGUCCAAUGAUUGACGUGAUCAACCACGACAAUUUCGGCUAUGACACUCAGGCAGGGGACGCCAUGCGAGGGGCGUUUGAUUGGGAAAUGUACUACAAACGAAUUCCCAUUCCUCCAGAGCUGCAGAGGGACGACCCCAGUGAACCCUUUGAGUCGCCAGUGAUGGCAGGUGGACUGUUCGCUGUGGACAGGAAGUGGUUCUGGGACCUGGGAGGAUACGACACUGGUUUGGAGAUCUGGGGAGGAGAACAAUAUGAGAUUUCCUUCAAGGUGUGGAUGUGUGGUGGUCGGAUGGAGGACAUCCCUUGCUCCAGGGUAGGACACAUCUAUAGGAAGUACGUCCCCUACAAGGUCCCUGGAGGGAUCAGCUUGGCAAAGAACCUAAAACGUGUGGCGGAGGUGUGGAUGGAUGAAUACGCUGAAUUUGUUUACCAGCGCCGGCCGGAGUAUCGCCACCUGUCAGCCGGAGAUAUGACGGCACAGAAGGAGCUGAGGAGUCGCCUAAUCUGCAAGAGCUUCAAGUGGUUCAUGAACGAGGUGGCCUGGGAUCUGCCCAAACACUACCCACCGGUGGAGCCUCCUGCUGCUGCGUGGGGAGAGAUACGGAAUGUGGGUAGCGGCCUAUGUAUGGAGAUUAAACAUUUCGUAUCGGGGAGCCCCAUCCGCUUGGAGAGCUGUGUGAAGGGGCGGGGUGAGGUGGCCUGGAGUCAUGGGCAGGUGUUGACAUUUGGUUGGAGGGAGGAUAUUCGGGUCGGUGAUCCCAUGCACACGAGGAAGGUCUGUUUUGACGCCGUCUCUCACAACAGCCCGGUCACUCUGUACGACUGUCAUGGCAUGAAGGGGAACCAGCUGUGGAGCUACAGGAAGGAUAAGAGUCUGUAUCACCCCGUCAGUAACAGCUGUAUCGACAGCAGCCCGGGCGAGCGGCGAGUCUACAUGAACACAUGUGACCCCUCGUCUCUCAGCCAGCAGUGGCUGUUCGAGAGAACGAACACCACCGUGCUGGAGCACUUUAACCGUGGCACUGACUGA